UUUGCAUCUCUACUAUUAGGUUUUAUUAAACAAUUAAUUUUACGAAACGUAACGUCGAUUAUUUCUCAGUGAAUUGCAUUCAAAAUUAAACAGAUUUAGAAAUUUUUUAAUAAAAUGAAUGAUCCUUACCUUCGAUAUCAAUAUGAUGGUGAACCAUUGAUGGAUGUUUAUAAUGCAAAAAAUAUAAAUUUAUCCGUUGGUAUACCUGGUCCGGAUUUAUUGAGACUUUGCGGUGAUAUGAUGGUAACAGCAAUGCAACACAGAUGGAGGGAAGAAAUUCGUGAAAAUAAAUAUUAUCUCUUUCAAUAUGGAAUUAAUUUAGGAUUAUGGGAAUAUCGUGAUGAAUUAUCAAAAUUUCUCACACGAAGAUAUGGAGAUUCUGUUAAAAGGGAAGAUUUAAUUUUAACAUGCGGAGCAACAACUGGAUUGCAAUUAAUUUUAAACAGUAUAAUUUCACCAGACGGUGUUAUUUUUGUUGAGGAAUUGACUUAUAUGCAUGCAUUAGAUAUAUUUAAACAUUUUCCACUUAUGAAAAUAGUUCCAGUUCCAUUUAAACGCAAUAGCGUUGAUCUCGACGCUAUGGAGGAAUUAAUUAUAACUGAAAAGAAGCGUCGCUUUACAAUUAAUAAAGAAAAAAUAUUUUGGGCAAUGUUUUACGCUAUACCAACAUUUCAUAAUCCAACAGGAAAUAUCAUGAAACCUGAAUUAUGUCAACGUUUAGUACAUACAGCAAGAAAACAUUCAUUUGUAGUUGUUUGCGAUGAUGUUUACAAUCUUCUUCAUUAUGAAGAAGAAUUUCCACCACAUCGAUUAUUUUUCUAUGACGAUCCCGAAGAUGAGAAUUAUAGAGGUGGAAAUGUUAUUUCUAAUGGAUCGUUCUCUAAAAUUUUAUUCCCAUCAAUUCGUGUAGGAUGGAUGGAAUGCAGUUCUAGAAUAACAGAAAAUUUGAAAAAUUCAGGAAUUUUGAAUGGAAGUGGUGCAGUUAAUCAUUUUAUUUCUGGCACAAUAACAAGUUUAUUGCAUUUAAAACUUGAAGAUGAAUUUCUCGAUUUACUAAUCGAAACAUACAAGAAUAGAUUAUUGAAAGUCUGUAAAAUAUUGGAUGAAUUUCUUCCACAAAAUUGCUCCUAUACAAAGCCUAAAGGUGGUUAUUUUAUUUGGAUUAAACUUCCGCAAGAUAUGGAUGCGGCAAUCUUCAUUGAUUGGUGCAAUGAAGUUCAUAAUGUGAGCGCAAUACCUGGAAUUCGUUUUUCCUGCGCUGAAAAAUUUAAAAACUUUUUCCGCCUAAGCAUUGCAUUUCAUUCGAGUGAAAUAUUGGAAAAAGCCGUAAAAUCCUUGUGUUUGGGAUUAAAAUACUAUAUUGUAAAUAUGAAUUAAAUUAUUUUAAUCUCAUUAAAUGUUUGUAAAAACAUUUUUUAGAACAAUAUUUAAUGUAUAUUCAUAAAUAAAAAUAGUUCUGAUGAU